GCGAACUUCCGGCAGGCACCGGGGAGGAGGAGCUAAUACAUCCGAGAAGAAGGAGUUGUCUCCGGCGGCGGUGGAAGUCAAUUGAUGGCAGCACCGGAACAAAGCAAAUAACCGAAUAUAACCGGCACCUGCUGAACUGUGAGAGAUGCAGAGCUCAUCCUGCCAGUGACCAGAGCUCACCAUCCCCAUACCAACCAAGACACAGCAGGAUACAGACCAGACUCGCCAUGGCUGCCAGGCAGCAGAGACCUGCAGCUGCUGCAGACGGCUCAGCAGAGGCCAGAAGGACAGACGUCAGGACCAAUGAGAAGAAGUGCUCUUGGGCCUCCUACAUGACCAACAUUCCAACUGUGAUAGUGAUGAUUGGGUUGCCCGCCAGAGGGAAAACCUACAUGUCCAAGAAGCUGACACGCUACCUCAACUGGAUUGGAGUGCCAACUAAGGUAUUUAACCUCGGAGUUUAUAGGAGAGAAGCAGUGCAGUCAUACAAGUCCUAUGACUUCUUCAGACAUGACAAUAAAGAAGCAAUGCAAAUCAGAAAACAGUGUGCUCUGACGGCACUGCAGGAUGUCAAGACCUACGUGAAUGAGGAGGGAGGCCAGAUCGCUGUUUUUGAUGCCACCAACACCACCAGAGAGAGACGAGAACUCAUCCUUAAUUUUGCAAAGGAUAACUCAUACAAGGUGUUUUUCGUUGAAUCGAUAUGUGACGAUCCAGAUGUCAUCGCUACAAACAUCCUGGAUGUGAAGGUGUCCAGCCCAGAUUAUCCCGAGAGGAACAGAGAAAGCGUCAUGGAGGAUUUUCUGAAGAGAAUAGAAUGCUAUAAAGUGACGUACCAACCUUUGGAUCCGGACGAACACGACAAGAACCUGUCCUUCAUCCAGGUCAUCAACGUUGGCCGUCGUUUCUUGGUCAACAGGGUGCAGGACUACAUCCAGAGUAAAAUAGUGUACUACCUCAUGAACAUCCACGUACACUCCCACUCCAUCUACCUCUGUCGACACGGAGAGAGCUUUCACAAUGUGGAGGGACGCAUCGGGGGGGACUCUGAGCUGUCAGAGAGAGGCAGAGAGUUCUCGGCAGCUCUGAAGGGUUUUGUGGAAGAGCACCAUCUGUCAGACCUGAAAGUCUGGACGAGCCAGCUGAGACGUACCAUCCAGACAGCAGAGGAGCUGGGAGUUCCCUACGAGCAGUGGAAGAUCCUCAAUGAAAUAGAUGCUGGAGUGUGUGAAGAAAUGACCUAUGAAAUGAUUGAGGAAAAACACCCGGAGGAGUUUGCCAUGAGGGACCAGGACAAGUACCAUUACCGCUACCCUGGGGGAGAGUCCUACCAGGACCUGGUUCAGCGGUUGGAGCCUGUCAUCAUGGAGCUGGAACGGCAGGGCAACGUGCUCGUCAUCUGCCAUCAGGCCGUCAUGCGCUGCUUGCUGGCCUACUUCCUGGACAAGAGUGCAGAUGAUCUUCCCUACUUGAAGUGUCCCCUGCACACUGUCCUAAAGCUCACCCCUGUGGCAUAUGGUUGUAAAGUGGACAUGUUUGACCUGAAGGUGAAGGCUGUCAACACUCACAGGAACAGACCUUUAAAUAAAGUCAAAACAGAUGUUGUGCAUCCAGCUUUCCACCGAAGAAACAGCUUCACUCCGUUGUCCAGCCAAGACCAGAUUAAACGACCUCGUCUUUACAGCGUGGGAAACCCUCCACAGGCUCACGUGCCCCAGGCCCCACAUUUACCCAGCAUGCUGUUCCCUGAUGUGUCGGAGAAGGCAGAGCUGCAGCAGAGCGAGGACUCUAUCAACGGCUUCAGCGCAGCAGACCCAGACGAAUGUGUUCAGGAUUGAAGAAGCACAUAAAGAGGCUUUUCUCCACAUGGAUGUAUCACCAGUUCUGAGGACCAGCAGUAAAAUCCCCACCAGCGUCAGCCAUUACAUUCUCAAGCACUGUAUUACACACAGUAUGUGGGCGUAGCAGAAUGUGUGUUAUCUGUUCAGUGUUUGUUGGAUAGGUUAUGUGCGUGUUAGUGAGUGCACAUACAUACUCAAUGCCUUUGCACAGUAGCCUUCAAAUCUAAGCUGUGAUCUGGCUUGGAUGUAUAAAAAUGUAGAGCUUUGUAGUACGUUAAUACUCUGAAAACCCGUUUGUUAGUUUUUAGCACACUCCACACACUGUCGUCUACAGUCGUAUUAUGCUGUAUUGAAACAUGCUGAUUGUGAAUUGUAUACCUCAAUGGAAGUGACUGCUUUUAGUUUCAGUGUAAGGGCGUGCCUCUCUUGAAGGAAGCCAUGUACAGCCUUAGCUUCUCCUCAGAUUCUGUCUUUAAAGGGGACCUAUUAUUAUUCUUUUCUUUAUUUUCUGUCACAUGUAUAAUGUCAGGGUGUCAGAGUUCAUGUUCAACGUGGCCAAAGUUUCCGACAAUGAGGUAAAUGUAUGUAAACAUAAUCCCUGUGAUAUCCCUGUGUAUUUUCCCGCUUCUGAGACAAGAUGGCAUCAGCUUGUGGUGGGUUUCUAUAUUUGGUCGUCUGCUCCAGACACGCUACUGCAAGUGUUUGCAUUGUUUGAUUUAAUAACGUAGCCUACACUGCUACAUGUAGCUACAUGCUAACAUCAGGGAGACAUCAUCAUCGAUGGUCUCAGGAAAAUAAAGUGUUUUUUAACAUUAAAGUUUGAACCUAAAAAAUAAAAAUUAAUAGGUCCCCUUUAAGUUACUUAUUUAAACAUUCUUUUUCUCAUGUGGUUUGAUAAGAUGUAGUGAUAAUUUUAUUUUGAAGUGUAAUUUAAGGCAUAAUAAGCUUUCAGUGGGCGGACACAAGUUAAAAGAAAAAACAAAAUGUUUUGUCUGGCCCGUAUAAAAACGACUGUACUUCUUUUCCUCCUCUCUUCAGUGAUGCCUACCUGUGUGUUCUGCCUUCUCCUCAAAUAACAGCUUUAAUAUAUUCAGCUGUCUACUGUGAGUGAUGAUGUAGCACUGAAACUGAAUCCACAGAAGUGAUGCAAAUAUUUCCAACACAAAGUGCUCCUGAGUUUUAAUAUAUUUAAGUUUCUUUGUACAGAAAAGCAAAUCAUUUGUGCACUCCUGAUGCAUUAUUCUGAUGAAAAUACACUGUAUGUUAUUUACCGGCUUCAUAGAAACCAUAUGGACGACACUGAUUCACGUGACUUUGAUUUUGCUAUCAGCAGUAAAUCAAUAUUUGGAAGAAGUGCCUCUGUUCAAAGGACAACGAGACUGUGACAGUUGUAAUCAAAAGUAUUUAAAUAAAUGUUAUGCAAAGGUAUGUUGAAGGGUUGCUGAUGUGUUUCGAUGUCUUAAAAAAGAGCUUGGAUGUUAUUGCACACUGUGCCAUACAUGUUUCAUUUAAUAAAUUUGAUUUAAAUGCA